ACCGAAGACCAUAAUUGGCGCCAGGUUGAGGAAUUUUGAAUGUCGGAAUCGAGCUCUACAGGUCGACGCGGUGGACUUCCAAGUGCAGCAAGUCCAGAUCAUGAGGAGGCUGCAUUUGAGGAUGAGUCAGCCGCGAUUUUGGGUGAUGACAACCUUGAUGAAGAAGAGGAGUCUGGGGAGAAUUUGUUUGGUGAUGAUAUGGAACGAGAUUACCGACCUAUCCCAGAACUUGAUGUUUAUGAAGCGGAAGGUUUGGCAGAUCCUGAUGAGGAUUUCGAAGAACUCUCUCCUAAUGCUCGAGCCGAAGCUGAGCGUUUAAUGCGUCAACGUGACCGUGAGCGCCUUCUCGCAACUGGUGGCCUCAGGCGUGAUCUUAUAGCUGAUCUUUAUGGCGCUGAAGAUGACGAGGAAAUAAUCCCUGUCCGUCGUAGACGGCUUGCUGAAAGAGCUGCAGAGGGUGCUGAAGGUGAUAUGGAACCAGAAGGUGUUUUAGAAAGCAUUGAAAAUUUGGAGGAUAUGAAGGGGAUGUCUGUGGUCGAGUGGGUUCAACAACCUGCUACUCGCCAGGAAAUCAAAAAUCGGUUUAAGGCGUUUCUCAGGACUUUUUUGGAUGAAAAUGAUCGCAACGUGUAUGCUGAGCGUAUUAUACAGAUGGCAAGAGAAAACAAACAUAGUCUCCACAUUGACUACCAGCAUUUAGCGUCAGCAGAGCAAGUCUUAGCGUAUUUUUUGCCAGAAGCUCCUCAGAAUGUUUUGGAGAUUUUUGACGAGGCUGCCCGCGAAGUCACACUAACAAGAUUUCCUCGUUACGACCGGAUUACAAAUCGUGUCCACGUGAGGAUCAACGACCUGCCUCUUAUUGAGGACCUUCGGUGUCUGCGUUAUUUUCAUCUUAACCAACUUAUCCGGACAUGUGGAGUGGUCACCAGCAGUUCUGGUGUUCUGCCUCAGUUGAGCGUGGUCCGCUACAAUUGCACAAAGUGUAGAUGCCUUUUGGGUCCUUUCGUCCAAAACCAAACUGGUUUUGAGGUCCGACCAACUACCUGCCCAGAUUGUCAGUCUGGUGGCCCAUUUGAACUAAAUAUGGAGCAGACAAUUUACAAGAAUUAUCAGCGUAUUACUCUUCAAGAAAGUCCUGGUAAAGUUCCAGCAGGUCGUCUUCCUAGGUCCAAAGACGCGAUUCUUCUUGAUGAUCUAGUGGAUAGCUGCAAACCGGGUGAUGAAAUUGAGUUAACAGGUAUAUAUACACAUAGCUAUGAUGGAUCACUUAAUACAAAGCAAGGUUUCCCAGUUUUCGCAACUGUCAUUUUAGCAAACAACGUUGUCCGGAAAGACGAUAAGGUUGCAGUUGGUACGUUAACUGACGAGGAUACUAGGGCAAUUUUGAAACUUUCACGCGAUGAACGGAUUGCUGAUCGAAUUUUUGCUAGUAUAGCGCCAAGUGUAUAUGGUCAUGAUGAUAUUAAACGCGGCAUUGCGUUAGCACUCUUCGGAGGUGAACCAAAAAAUCCUGGUGGAAAGCAUAAAGUUAGAGGUGACAUCAAUAUGCUUCUCUGUGGAGAUCCAGGAACCGCCAAAUCUCAGUUCUUGAAGUGUGUUGAACAGCUAGCACCAAGAAGUGUUUUCACAACUGGUCAAGGUGCAAGUGCAGUGGGUUUGACAGCAUAUGUUACCCGCAGUCCAAUGACUCGAGAGUGGACUUUGGAAGCUGGUGCUCUAGUACUUGCUGAUCGUGGUGUUUGUCUCAUUGAUGAGUUUGAUAAGAUGAAUGACCAAGACCGAACGUCCAUACAUGAAGCUAUGGAACAACAGAGCAUCUCAAUAAGUAAGGCUGGUAUCGUGACAAGCCUGCAAGCAAGAUGUACCGUCAUUGCAGCUGCAAAUCCUAUCGGCGGUCGUUAUGACCCAAGCAUGACAUUUUCCGAUAAUGUCGAUCUGAGUGAACCUAUUUUGAGCCGUUUUGAUGUUCUCUGUGUAGUACGAGACUCUGUAGAUCCUAUUCAAGAUGAAAUGCUUGCACGUUUUGUUGUCGGGAGUCAUAUGCGUCAUCAUCCUAACAUUACCCCAGAGGAGCGGGUUGCAUUAAAUGAUCAACUAACAGAACUCGGGGUCACUCGAACUGGUUCCUAUUCAGAUUUGCAACCGCUAGGUCAGGACUUGUUAAAGAAGUAUAUAAUUUAUGCCAAAGAUCGUAUUCAUCCGAAGUUAAAUCAAAUGGACCAGGAUAAGGUGGCUGCAGCUUAUGCCGAUUUAAGACGCGAGUCUAUGGUCACGGGCAGCUUACCAAUUACGGUUCGCCAUAUUGAAUCAGUGAUUCGUUUGUCUGAGGCACAUGCUCGUUUACAUCUCCGAGAAUUCGUUAAUGAGGAUGAUGUUAAUAUGGCUCUGCGUGUCAUGUUGGAGUCAUUUGUUUCCACUCAGAAGUUCAGUGUCAUGAAGUCUAUGCGUCAGACAUUUUCACGAUUCCUCAGUUACCGUCGGGAUAAUCAAGAGUUGCUGUUAUUCUUGCUGAAGCAGAUGGUCCAAGAUAGACUAGCUUUUGAGCGCAUUCGACAUGCUGGAAAUCAAGAGUGGCGUAUCGAGGUUACCGAAAGAGAGUUUGCCGAACGUGCGAAACAGAUAAAUAUAACCUCUGUUCGUCCAUUCCUACAGAGCGAUCUUUUUAAAGCACAUCAUUUUGUUUAUGAUGCCAAUCGAAAAGUUAUAGUGCACACAGUUUAAAUGUAGGACAUUAGGUGAACACGAACCAUAGUUCCUCGUAUUAAACAACGAAACUAUUUUUCAUACUUAUAUAUGCUUAUAUGUAUUCUUGUUUUUAUAAACCAUAUUGCAUUUUGAUCGAUCUACGCAAUCUUAUCUAUUUUGACAAUCUAGUGUUCCACAACAUCUAAUAAUUGUUGGUAAAUUCAUAGAUUUAUAAAAAAUAUACAAGUUAUUAUUUUAGUCAGUUCUUAUGCUUUGUGUUUUUUAUUUUCAUCCUGGGGACUUGGUUAGUCACCUUA